AUGGGUACUGUGUGCUAGACAAUUCACAGAACUUAAGUUGUGGAGACAGGUGGUUUUGAAUUCGAACAACCAGUAGAAACCAAACCUUACGAAAUCAAAAGCAAUCUUCCAGAAGUGCAAGAAAUGUGUGCUACUAAAAUCUAAGCUUUAUAUCGAGGCCAUUCAGUUCGAAAACAAAAAAGAGAAGUCGAAGAAUCCUUCCCUCCUUUGUAAAGUGUGGCUGUCCCAAUUGAGCAAGUUCCUGAGAUCUUUCAUCAUGCUGUUUCAAAAGUACUCUUGCAAUUAGGUCCUUUCGAUUACUCCAAAUGUUCGACUAUGGUUGGAGCUAAAACUCUCCCCCCUUAUUAAUUCCUAGACAAAGGCGGUAUUUACGUAGGCUAAUGGAAAAGUCACCAAAGAAAUGGCAGAGGGAAAUACAUAUUUCCUGAUGGGUCACUUUAUGAAGGCUUUUGGGUCGAUGAUAAAGCUAAUGGGCACGGGAGACUCAUAGUUAAUAGUGGGGAUUACUAUUAAGGAGAAUGGAAGAAUGAUAAAAAUGAUGGAUACGGAGUUUAUGUGCAUUCUGAUAAGUCUAAAUAUGAAGGGUUUUGGAAGGAUGAUAACAGACAUGGAUAAGGAACGGAAACAUGGGCUGAUAAUUCUGCUGUUUAUGAUGGUAGCUUUUAUAUGGGAGUGAAAGAAGGAUAUGGAAUUUAUAAGUGGGGUGAUGGGUCGAAUUAUGCAGGAGGAUUUAGAAAUAAUCAAUUCUAGGGUUAAGGAGUUUAUGUUUGGCCUGAUGGCAGCAAAUAUGAAGGAUAUUGGCAGAACAACAAGAUGAACGGCCAAGGGGAGAUGACCUGGGUAUCUUCUCUAUUUCAUUAGGGGAGUUAUAAGGAUAACAAAAAGGAUGGUUACGGAGAAUUCUAUUGGUCUGAUGGUAGAAUAUAUAAAGGAUUAUGGCAAAAUGGAUUGCAACAUGGAGAAGGAAUUUACAUCGAUAAAAAUGGCAAAUAAAUCUCAGGAGAGUGGUUUGAAGGACAAAGGAGAUGA